GUCUGGCAAUGGGGUGUGUGGGGCGCCCGUCCAGCUGACUGGUGUCGGGCCCGUCGGCUUCAGGUCCAGUAAGAGUACCUCGUUGAAAGUGUAAAGGGUCGGUCAACGCGAGCUUCUCCAUUGACUUGAGGACAGGCAGUGAGCGGCAGGGAUGGCGGAGGCACACUCUGCAGUGGCAUUCUCCUUUGCCAUCACUCAUGAGGGUGUUCAUGUAAAUUAUGACAGAGAAGUGCUUCAUGUCAUUUGGCAUUCUGGUGUUCGCUCCUGGCGGCGAGGUAUCCGCCGAUUUGUUAACAAUAUAAGAUGUGGGGUCUUCCCAGCAUCUCUCUCCUCACUGGCAUUGACUGUGGGUGGCUACAAUGCUAUGUAUCUCAGCCGAGACUUGUAUGGGACCAAUUUUGAUAUUUCAUUGGGACUGGCUGACCUCCUGAAGAAGCAUGUCAAACUAGAAGAACCAGCUAAAGGGAUUGUUUGCUGUACAGCAUCUGCAUUUGCUGUGUGGUGUGGAGUCUUUUUAUUUAUGAGGUAUACGCUAAGGCUUCUGUAUAUGUACAAAGGAUGGAUGUAUGAAGCAAGAGGUCGUGGCAAGACAAUGGGCAAAGCCUCCAAACUCUGGGUGCUCGCACUAAAGUCCUUAACUUGGUUUUCAAGGCCUAUGCUCUACUCAUACCAGGGUGCCCUUCCCAGGUUGCCUCUGCCAGCUCUCGAUGACACCAUGUCUCGGUACCUGAGGAGUGUGCGACCGCUGAUGGAUGACGAGAAUUAUGUCAGAAUGGAGAAGCUUGCCCACGAUUUCCAGAGUGGCAUUGGAAAGAAGCUUCAGCGGUACCUGGUGCUCAAGUCAUGGUGGGCAACUAAUUAUGUAACGGACUGGUGGGAGGAGUUUGUGUACCUCCGAGGUCGAUCACCUAUUAUGGUCAACUCCAACUUCUAUGGUACAGAUGCCAUUCUUCUCCAUCCAACACGUAUUCAGGCUGCACGCGCAGCAAAUGUAACUCAUGCAGCUUUCCUGUUCCGGCGGCUCAUUGAUAAUCAGCAGCUUUCACCAAUCAUGGCUCAGAAUAUGGUGCCAUUGUGUUCGUAUCAAUAUGAGCGCACAUUUAACACCACACGUAUCCCAGGCAUCCAGACAGAUAAGAUUGUCCACUUCAGUGAUGCUACACACAUUGCUGUGUACCAUGCAGGACGAUUCUUCAAAAUGCCAUGCUACUAUAAGGGCAAGCUGCUUACUCCCAAGGAGCUCCAAAUACAAUUUGAGCGUAUUCUGGCAGAUGAAAGUGUGCCAGAAAAGGGUGAAGCAAAUUUAGGUGCAUUGACAGCUGGUGAACGGAAACCUUGGGCUGAAGCACGUACAAAGUUCUUUAGCAAAGGAAUCAAUCGUUCAUCGUUGGAAACAAUAGAGAAGUCUGCCUUUGUGCUUGUCUUGGAAGAGGAUGAUUAUGACUACUGUGAAGAUGAUCCAAGUCAGCUGGACAGGUUCGGACGAGCUAUGCUUCAUGGCAAAGGUUAUGACCGCUGGUACGACAAGUCCUUCAACGUCAUUGUGAUGAAGAAUGGCAGGAUUGGUUUUAAUGCAGAACACAGCUGGGCAGAUGCAGCGAUCAUGUCCCACCUCUGGGAGUAUGUCCUAACUGAAGACCUGAUUACGAUUGGACAAUACGAUGAAAAUGGUAACUGCACGGGACCAGUGAACUGCGAUCCCCCUCUACCAUCACGACUCAAGUGGGAGCUAAAGCAGGACUGUCUCCAGGUCAUUGAUUCCUCCUUUAGGGUUUCUGAAGCUCUACUAAAUGAUGUUGAUCUGCGAUUGUAUAUGCACACUGCCUAUGGCAAGGGCUUCAUGAAGUCUUGUCGAUUGUCACCUGAUGCAUACACCCAGAUGGCACUACAGUUGGCAUAUUACCGGGAUGCAGGCAAAUUUAACUUGACUUAUGAAGCAAGCAUGACUCGCCUUUUCCGAGAUGGCAGGACUGAGACUGUUAGACCGUGCACCAUUGAGUCAUCAGCCUGGGUGAAGGCCAUGGAGGACAAGACGGUCUCUAAUGAGGACUGUGUGUCAUUGUUGAAGAAGGCAUGUGUUCAGCACCAGCUUGGUUACCGGGAUGCCAUGUGCGGUAAAGGCAUUGAUCGUCAUCUCUUCUGCUUAUACGUCAUUUCAAAGUACUUAGAAGUUGAUAAUCCUUUCCUCAACGAGGUGUUAUCUGAACCAUGGCGCCUCAGUACUUCCCAGACCCCACACGGUCAGACUAGCAAAAUGGAUUUGAGUAAGCACCCCAAAUGUAUCAGUGCUGGGGGUGGAUUUGGUCCAGUGGCUGAUGAUGGGUAUGGUGUGUCUUACAUCAUUGCUGGAGAAGACACCCUAUUCUUCCAUGUCUCCAGCAAGAAGAGCUCUCCUGUCACAGACUCUCCAAGGUUUGCUCGUCAGAUUGAGAAGGCUCUCGCUGACAUAAAGAAUCUCUUUGAAUCUGUGGCAAAAAAGUAAUGAAGGACUUCGUUAAGGCUAAAAUUACUUGAAAUGUGAUCAGGCUCACUUCUUAGUAACAGGUUGCUAAUCAAAAGCCUUGAAGUAUGUGUAUAUCCUGAUGUGGGUGUGGUAGCUGCACCUUAUACUUCAAACAGGAUUGUAUGCUUUUGGUAAUUAUGGCAAAUUUUUAGUUUCAUUUGACUAUUAUCAAGAUUUUGUCUUGACGUGAAGUGCAUCUUCUUAUACUGUACAGAGUAUUUAGAUUUAAACUGUGUAUGGAAAAUGUAAUUUUAGACCAUUUUUAGUUUGGGAAGUUUUAUGAAAUGCCAGUGAUGGUGAGUUAUUAUUAUUAUUAUUGUUUUUUAAAUGAUGAGAAAUCUUCAUAAAGAUUUUCUAGUGUUUUUAAUUUCAAAAAGUGUUAAACCAACAUGGUUUUAUGAGUUAAAAAAAUGUAGAUUAUUUAUAGCAUAUUUGCAGCUGCUUAGUCCAGAUUGCCAAAGCUGUAAGUGUGUAGUUGUAUGAUUGUUUUUAUUCCUAACUGGCAAGAUAUAUCAUCAUUGGACUUCUAUGAGGUUUAUAGAUUUUGUCAUUUGCAGUUUUAAAGGAUUUAUAUAUAAUUGAAAUUUUC